AGAAAUAGAAAAAGUGGCAAGGCAACAUGGGACUGUAGUAAAUAUCAAAGGACAGAAAACCCAGCGUUCUAUCACCGGAAUAUGACGCCAAUGACUAUAAUGUUGCAUUGUAGCCUACAAUAUUUUGUAUAAUGAACCAUGUUGCAACAAAUUUGAAAUUAAAUGUGUGUUUGGGCUACUUUGUGUCCAAUGAUAUCUGCCGCCAGGGGGAGUCGACUCGCAAAGACUUUAUUUCCCAAAUUCCAAUGGGAACCUGGAGCUGAGUCAGAGGUCCGCCUAAACACCUAAAUCAUUUGCAGACUACGUUAUUUCCCACUCACUUCCGAAGGUCUGGUUUAUUUGGUGUGAACGAAUACGGUGAGCUUUUUUUGGAAAGAUUCGGAUUCAUUUAUGUAAAACCUCAAAUCUUGAAACCAAACUAAAAGUCUAAGCUUUUCUUUAUUGACUGAAGGUUUAACGUUACGAGUGACGAAAAACGCCAUCCUGUCCCGUUCCAAGGUCCCUCUGAUGAUUGUUAUCUUGGCCUAAUGUCUGUCCGAGUGCCAUCCAUGAGUGUGCUGCCUCCAGUUCGAAGGGACCGCGUCAUUGCCCAGCUUCCUCAGUGUUACAGUAAGAAGGCUGCUGUGCAAACUAAAGAUGAGUUCAACUUCAAAGUGAAGACUGCCUGCCAGGAGCAACGCACUGGCACAGUAGGGUUUAAAAUAGCUAAGGUCAUAGUGGUUGGGGACCUGGCCGUGGGAAAAACCUGUCUGAUUAAUAGAUUUUGCAAGGAUGCAUUUGACAAGAACUACAAGGCAACCAUUGGUGUUGACUUUGAGAUGGAGCGGUUUGAAGUGUUGGGGGUGCCUUUCAGUUUACAGUUAUGGGACACUGCGGGGCAGGAGAGGUUCAAGUGUAUUGCCUCCACAUACUACAGGGGAGCUCAGACGAUUAUUAUUGUGUUUGAUGUAAAUGAUGUGGCAUCUUUGGGCCAUGCAAGGCAGUGGCUUGAAGAUGCCCUGAAGGAGAAUGAUCCUACCAAUGUCCAGCUUUUCCUGGUGGGCACAAAGAAAGACCUGAGUUCUCCUGCUCAGUACUCUCAGAUUGAACAGGAUGCCACCAAAUUGGCUGAGGAAAUCAAAGCAGAGUAUUGGGCCUUGUCAUCAUUGACUGGGGAAAAUGUGAAAGAGUUUUUCUUCCGUGUUGCAUCAUUGGCAUUUGAGGUCAAUGUUCUGGCAGAGAUAGAGAAGAGUGGAUCAAGACACAUUGGGGACGUUAUCAAAAUUAACAGUAAUUCAAACAGCCUGUAUGCAACGUCAAAGAAGAAACAGUCAAACUGUUGUCAAUGAAGACAAACACAUGACUACUACAGUAAAAAGGUACCAAAGCAUCAUUUCCUCAGAAGAGAAACUGAGAACCCAUGACCACUCCCAGAGACAUGGAAUUUGCAGUGAGGCAGGACAGAGACUUUUGCCUUCACAGACAUUUGAUUUUAAUUUGUGCUGGCCCGGAAAGAACAGCUUCUUGGUUGGAUGUGGAUUCCUGUGGUGCUUGGCUCAUUUUUGCCUGUCCAGAGUUUCGGAUAGAAAUUCCUCUGGUUCAUUGUACUCCAUACUGUACAAUUCCAGUUCUUGAGUCCUGACAGAAAUUGUGAUCGAGGUACUGCUUUAAUAGCUAUGGAGUAUGGACAAUAAUGGAUGUCUUCAAAUACCCAAUAUGGAUAUUUUUAAGACACUCCGCCAUUAGGCCUGUAAGAUUUUUUACAGCGUUGUUUUGUUUAGUGUUGUUUCCAUGCGACAUGUUUUUUGCACAAUUUGUAACCAUUGCAUAGAUUAAAACUCAUGACUCCUUCCUGGGAUGUUACAUUAUGCUAGCUAAGGAGUAUGAAUACAUAAUCCUAUUUUUAACAGAACAACUGCAUUCAUACAGUAUGAGAGAUGUGUAUUAUUCAGAUGUACCUCAUCUACGCUAGAUAGAUACAAUAAUAUAACUGAGAAUUAUUGAUUUUUAAUGAUGUGCGAUAUUUGAAUGACUGAUCUUAUAUUAUCCCUCUAGUUGAAUACCAUAAUCGGAGUGAAAAGUGCAUACAUAUGUCUAGUUUUCCUUUUAGACAAAGAUUAUUUAAGUCAUUUUUCUCAUGUUUAAUUGCAGGUGCAAGUUUUAGCUCUAUAAAGAUACUGUAUAUCAAAAAUUACUACACUUAGCUCAAAAUAUACAUGUAAGCUUCACAAUCACUGCUCUGUAUCAAAUCAAACAACUGUUUACUGGUAAUUAGACUUUAUAAUUAUAAAACAAAUAAUUCAAUAAUAAAGUUAUUAUUGAAAGUUCUAUAUAGGAUGAAUCACUAAUCUGUUAUUAAAUUAACUGUUUGUCAUAUUAGCCAGGGCCUUUUAAUAUAAAACAAUUAUACAUACAGUCGAUAGUGAAAGUCGACACACCCCUUGUACAGUCUUCAAACUUUGAAAAUAUAUAUGAGGAUGCAUUGUUUGCAUACUGUAUGUCUUCACACCCCAGAGUUAAUUCUUGAUGGAAGCACCUUCGGCAGCUACGAAUCAUUUUUAAUAAUUCUAUCAACCUUGCACAACUCUUAGGGCAACAUACUGUAUAUCCAUUGUUUUUGUAAAAAUUGCUCAAGCUCAGUAAAUUUGGUUGGGAAUCAUUGAUGGACAGCAAUAUUCAAACAUUGUCUUGUUUUUUUAAAAGCAGAUUUAAGACAGGAUGGAGACUGGACUAUUUAGGAACACUCAACACCUCCUUGGAAAGCCAUUCUGAUGCAUCUUUGGCAUUACAAUUUGGGUCAUUGUUUUUGAAUUUAAAAAAUAUAUAUAUCCCAGGGUUAGGUUUUCAAAAGACUGAGGUGGGAUUUCCUAUAACUUUUUACCUGGGCUGUGCUCCAUACAUUUUUAUUUUCAUCCUAUCCCCAGUCCCUGCUGGUGACAAGCAUACCCAUAAUAUGAUGCUGCCACCACAAACCUGUAGUUUCUUCUUUGGCCUCUCUCAUCAAAAAGCUGUUUUCGCACACAGGACUGUCGCUAUCGACUGGAGUUAAAAAAAAAAAUAAUUCACACCAUUAUCGGUAAAGUCUGGACACUGUUGUGCACAAAAAGCCCAAGAGGCCGGUCGUUUCUGAGAUACUGGAACCGGCCCGCCUGGCACCGACAAUCAUGCUAUGCUCAGUCGCCUAGGUUACUCGCUGUGCCCAUUCUAACUUUCAAUCUAACAGUAACUGAAUGCCUGUCUGCCUGCUUUAUAUAGCAAGCCAUGGCCACUUGCCUCACUAUCUGUAGGACCACACCAUUUUUGUGAACAGGGUGGUGUACCUAAUUAACUGGCGUGUAUGUUGCCCUAAGAGUUGUACAAAGUUGGUAGAAUAUUAUUCGAAAUGAUAUACAGCUGUAAUUUCUUUCAAUUUGAAUAUGUGGAUCUAUAGGAAAAAAAAUCAAAUCCAUUUUUAUAUUGAAUUUGUUUACACUUUCACUAGGUACUAUAUAUACAAUGUGCUUGUAUAUAAGCCAAAAUAAUGGAAUGCAUUCACCACUCCAAGGCAAUUCAUGAUCUUAGUGACUUUUUGGAUAAAGCACCAUACUAGAGUAACAUAGAAUUCUUGUCAGCACAGUUAGAUUGCCUACCCGCUCGGAACUGCAUGACAUUGAGCUUGAGCAUUUAACUGGCGAAGCUCUUGGAAGGAGUCGAAAUAUUGUUUGUCAAUUUGAAUCUGUAGUUCCUCCGGGAUGCAGGGAGAGCUUGUAUUUCUCCUUGAUCCACUUCCCUCCCUCGCUGUUCUCAAUUGGCACAGCAUCAACACCUGCAAAUAUGCAUUACUUUUACUUGAUAAUAAUUCAGAUAGAAAACUUUACAGUAUACAGUUGUGAUUAAAGUAUAUAUUUUUAGCACUUUUCAGUGAUACAACAGAUUAAAUCAAAUCUAGCCUACCUACAAUGAGACAUUGUCUGGCAUGUGACCUACAACAGUCGCUUCCUGCCGCUCCACCAGUUUGAUAGCAGCCUUCAUGGUUUCUCCGGUCUCUAUCCACUGGUCCACUACCAGCACCUGGAGCCCUGCAGCACAGAGAGAGACCAACUAGUGGUUGUGGUUGUUUCUCAAAUGGUACCCUAUUCCCUACAUAGUGCAUUACUUGCUCUAUGGGCGCUGGUCAAAAUAACAGAAUAGGGUGCUAUUUGGGAUGUCCACUGUAUUUAUAUUCAAACUCUUUACUCAAUGUGAUGCACACUGGCAGUCCUACUGAGUUACAGGACAAAACACAUUCAGAGAAUCUCCUUGAAGGGGAAAUGUUUACUUAAAUACAAAGGUGUUCAGUGGCUAUACAAACUCUUUGCUACAGACUAGGGUCCUUGGUUCCUGCACCAACACUAGAUUAUGUCACAGGAAAUAAGAGUGGUUGUCAGAGGAAAUGAGGCCAUGCUUGCAUUCAUUGAAACAAAUACAAACAGUGAGAGCCAAAACAGGCCAUACUGCCUCUUAGCUUGUGGGUUCAUUGAGCUUAUCUAUCACACUGUAUGUUGUCUUGCUACAUUCAUGUUAAGGAGUCUGUCUCUUUAUCCUUCACCUCUGGAUUAUACAAACAAGGCAGGACUCUUGAAACCUUAGAUGAGUGAUGUCCCUUCAUUGGCCAUAGACUCUGGUGACUUAUUCACCAAGGAAAGCAAUUGUGUCAGUGUGAUGGCCUUAACACAUACAGGUGAACCUCCAUCAUCUACUCUCUGCCUGAGUAGUCCCUGUACUCUUGGCUCUGGAUUUGUAUGCACAUGUGUCCUGCUUUGCGGAUAGCCAGAAAGCCCUUUCCAAGGGUUGUGACGAUCCUGAAAACCACCAAGACAAAAAUGACAUCUUAGAAACAGCACAGAUAGACUGUUGUUGUAUUGAUGAGAUUGUGAGUUAAUUUCACCAAUCAAUAUUUUCUCUCAGAAGACUUAUAAACCUGAUUGAAGAGAUGGCAGCAUUCCACGUAGAAAAAGCCAUACAGAUCCCUUUCACACAUAGUAUGAUUGAUUUUGCAAGGCUUUUGUUUUGUGUUGCAUGGUGUGAUAUUUUACUCUUAAAGCGUGUCAUUGUGGCAGGACCUAAAUGUGAACUACCCCUAAGUAUAAUUCAGAGUGGUUAGGUUUACUGCCCUUUCAGUGGAGCUUGCUGGAUGUGAAAUAAAAUUAGUAUGCAGUAAAUCGCAUGCAGCCACACUUCAGCAACAACACAUGAGCAUAUUGGUUGAGAUUGUAUGUUUUCCUGAAACAUUAUUGACUAGUUGUUUACCGAGGAUUCCCAUUGCAUCUAUACCCACGACCAGGUCAAUGACCUCAUUCUGGAAUGGACAGAGAAGGUCCUUCACAAAAUCUGACAGUGCCUGGAUUAGAUACAGAAUGAACCAAAUUGACCACCCGGACUGCUAUUGGUUUCCUUACUGUAUCUUUACAGUAUAUGCACUGGGAAAAAUACACAUUUUACACACCAUGGGAAAUGAGCAUUAGUUAGUAUUCACCGCCUUUGUAUUUCUUCAUUUUGUUUCUGUUACAAAGUGGGAUUGAAAUAUAUUUCAUUGUGAUUUGUCAUUGAUCUACACAAAAUACUUGAUCUUGAUCUUUACAAAUGAAUAAUAAAGAAACUAAAAUCCA